AUGUCAGCAUCCUUCUCCAGUGAAAGGAUGCUAGGUCCACCUCCGGUAGCUGCCUGUGGCCUGCUGCACCCCGAGAGAGCCCUGUUUGUUUUUCUCCUGUUUUCGGGAGAGCUAGAGGCUUACCCCGUGGAUAUCCUGGAGGAUGACCCCGAGGGCCAUCAUGCAGCAGCACAGGUUUACUAUGAGUUGCUCAGGGAAGGAGGAUCAGCCGAGGUUUUCUCCCUUGCCACCGGGGAGCAGUUGACCUCUGCUAACAGUGUCCUUUCGGUCAGACUUGAAACUCCGUUCCUUCAUUAUUGCACUAUGUACCGUGACGGACCUGGACAUAAAAUACUGGUUUUGGUUAAUCCCCAGGACACAAAGACAGUUGUGGCUGUCUACCUAAAGGAGUCCUGGUGGUCUGUCGAAGACGUCCUAAGAACUUCUGAUCCCGCCAGGGAAGGGCUCAUGAAGGUUCAGUCCUUCGGGGAAAGGAUUGUCCUUUAUGUUCUCAACACCAUCGUUUUUGGAAGACUGGAGAGAGAUCUGGAUGACAAUGACAUGUUUUUCUUACCUCAUCCUCUGAAGGAGCAAGCUAAGAUUCUGUGGAGGGAUGGAGCGGCAGUUGGAUUUUAUUCAAUCAAAAUGAAAGGCAGCCUCUGUGGUACCGGCACCAGUGCAUGCUACCUGCUGCCUAUCUUCGAUACCGUGUUUGUAUGGAGGAAGAACCAAUGCCAAGGCCUGGGGACAGCCAUGCUGAGGGACUUCUGUGACACCUUUCGAGCGGUUGAAGGCCUGGGUAUCAGUUGCCCGAUUUCUCCUGCCAUGUACAAAGUCCUCAUGCAGUUCCUGUUGGCCCAUCCAGGCGAGAGAGGGUGUUUGUGGGAGGUGGAGUCCCCAGGGGCCUGGGGCCAGCAUGUCAACAUCUGGCUCAAUAUUUGUCUUCAGGAGGCAGGACUUCAUGAUGGGAGCACAGUGCACCCCGAAGGUUCCGAAGAGGACACAGACACUCCCAGGCAGACUUCCCGGGGUGAUGGACCCACACCGGUCCAUCAUGGAGAAAGCCCUAAGGAGUGGGUCACUGCAGAACAGGAGACACAGGAUGACCAAGAAUGUGCCAAAGGAGAGGAGGAACCUGGGAUGCCCCUGAGACCCUCCUGGGAUGAGACGGAGGAGAAGGGAGCCAAGAGGACAGCGGCAGCCGCUGGGCUAGUUGACAGAGAGGGGCCAACUGUGAGGAGGGAGGCAGCACUUGCAGCUCCCUACAGGAACACUGAGGCCCCUGUUUGCAUGUGGGAUCUGUGAAGGAUACCCAGACCAUAGAAGUGGGCUGAGCAUCUGAGAGGCGCUCCACCUGGGACCCCACUCAUCCUUAACAUGUGGUUCGUGUGCUAUGGAGAUUUUGUGUUUUCUGUUUAUAUGAACAUUAACUCAUGUGUA